AUGAAGCUCUGGUCCGCUCUGUUCCUGCUUGGCUCGGUCAUCCCCGGCGUCCUCGCCGCGAAGCCUUCGCAAGACAAGUUCCAGAAAUAUCAAUCCCUCUCGCGAUCAGGCCCGGUUGAUCUGGACAAUGCCGCCUUCGAAGAGCUCACGAAUGGCCCCCGAGACUACUAUGCGGCCGUCAUUCUGACUGCCAUGGAUGCCCGCUAUGGCUGCCUCAUGUGUCGUGAAUUUGAUCCCGAAUGGGACCUCAUUGCCCGGAGCUGGAACAAAGGCAACAAGCCGGAUGGGUUGAAGAUGGUCUUUGGGACUCUGGAUUUCGAUCAGGGCAAGACUGUAUUCCAAAAGCUCAUGCUCCAAACUGCCCCCGUCAUCCUGCUCUUCCCUCCUACUGUGGGACCUUUCGCCAAGGUGGAAUCCGAGCCUGUGAGGUUUGACUUCACGGGGCCAAUUUCCGCCGAUCAACUUUAUUCCUGGAUCAAUCGUCACUUGCCUGAUGGCCCUAAGCCUCCCUUGGUUCGACCCGUCAACUAUAUGCGCAUCGUCUCGGCGAUCACAAUCUUGAUGGCCGCCGUCACGCUCUUCACAGUCAUAUCGCCCUACGUGCUACCUAUUAUUCAGAACCGCAACCUCUGGGCCGCCGUCAGUCUGAUCGCCAUUCUUCUAUUCACGAGCGGUCAAAUGUUCAAUCAUAUCCGGAAAGUUCCAUAUGUGGCUGGAGAUGGCAAAGGUGGCAUCAGCUACUUUGCGGGCGGAUUCCAGAACCAGUUUGGCCUGGAGACACAGAUUGUGGCUGCCAUAUAUGCUGUCCUCUCGUUUGCGACCAUUGCCCUCGCACUGAAGGUUCCGCGCAUGGAGGAUGUCAAGGGACAGCAAUUGGCAGUCUUGAUCUGGGCUGGCGUUCUUUUCGGGACGUACAGCCUUCUCCUCAGUGUGUUCAAGACCAAGAAUGGUGGCUAUCCUUUCUACCUACCCCCGUUCUAA